AGGUUUGGAGCAGGCUCAUCUGCCUGCUCAACACUGGCAGAGGGAGUGUCUGUCUCUAAGAGACUAGAAACCUCUCUAAUCUCAUUCCAGUAGUUUCCAAGUCCCACUCUCCAGCAAAGCUCUGUCAAAAAAGGAGGCUGUUGCUUGUCCCUGUUCUGUUACACAUGGAUGACAGACUAAAGGUGUCCAGAAGUGGCCCUCGAAGUCUUGGAUUUUUUACUUGAGAUUUGUUUUGUGAUGGAGACGAUGUUGAAGUCUCACCGUGAUGAACAGCACCCUCAUCAGGCUGAAGACUUCCACAGGAAGCUUGAGCAGAACAGCAAGCUUUCAGGAAUAAAAAAAGAUAUUGAAAAACUUUAUGAAGCGGUGCCACAGCUUGUAAAUGUGUUCAAAAUUAAGGAAAAAAUUGGAGAAGGUACUUUUAGUUCUGUUUACUUGGCCACAGCACAACUACAAACUGGAUUAGAGGAAAAAAUGGCUCUGAAACACUUGAUUCCAACCAGCCACCCUCUGCGAAUUGCUGCUGAACUUCAGUGCCUCACAGUAGCAGGGGGACAAGAUAAUGUUAUGGGAGUUAAAUAUUGCUUUAGGAAAAAUGAUCAUGUGGUUAUUGUUAUGCCAUACCUGGAACAUGAAUCCUUCUUGGACAUUCUGAAUUCUCUUUCCUUCGAAGAAGUGAGGGAAUACAUGUUUAAUCUGUUCAAAGCGUUGAGGCGCAUUCAUCACUUUGGUAUUGUUCACCGUGACGUCAAGCCCAGUAACUUCCUCUACAACAGGCAGCUAAAAAAGUAUGCCUUGGUAGAUUUUGGCUUGGCACAAGGAACCCCUGAUACGAAAAUUGAACUUCUGAAAACUGCCCACUCUGAAGACCAGCAGGAAAGUUGCUCGCAAAAUAAUCCCAUUGUAGCCUUGGGAAAUGGGGUUUCUGUCAGUGACACAGCACCUAAACAGAUAGCUCAACAGUCAGCCUCAAAAGCAGCUGACAGAAAGUCCAGCUCACUUUCAAAAGCACAGAUUAAACAAGGAAGAGGAGGAAAGGAGGACUCUGUGCACCAUUCUGUCCAGCGCUCUGUCUUUGGAGAGAGGAAUUUCAAUGUCUACAGUUCCACAUACCAGGAGAACUCAAGUACAAAAGUAAAACUCAUAAAACAAGCAAAGGUGAUAGAUUUUUCAUCUAGGAAGUUAGUAACAAAGAAGAAGAUUAUUUUUACCAAAACUGUGAGCAAUGGGGCAGCCAGGAAAGCUGCUGGUCCCUUAAACCUGCCCUGUGACUGUUACGCAACGGACAGAGUUUGCAGUGUUUGCCUUUCAAGGCCUCAGCAAGUUGCUCCCAGGGCAGGAACACCUGGAUUCAGAGCACCAGAAGUGUUAACAAAGUGCCCCACUCAGACCACAGCAAUUGACAUGUGGUCUGCAGGAAUAAUAUUCCUUUCUCUGCUCAGUGGACGGUAUCCAUUUUUUAAAGCAAGUGAUGAUUUAACUGCUUUGGCACAAAUCAUGACAGUCCGUGGAUCCAGAGAAACCAUUCAGGCUGCUAGAACUUUUGGUAAAUCAGUUGUGUGUACCCAGGUUGUCCCAACUCAAAAUCUGCGAACCCUCUGUGAAAAGCUGAGAGGAACAAACAGUGGCUGUAAGAGAUCUCAGGGAGAAGUGCCCAAUGGGUCUGAAAACGACUCAGCUUUGCCAUUUGCAGUAGACAAACCGUGUGCUCCUGAGGCACUUGGGAAACAAAUUCAACAACAAAAAAGCUUUCAGGAAGGUGAUGGUGCUUUGGAAAUUAAGGCAACUGACAUGAAAGGAUGGGAUCAGGUUCCUGAUGAAGCAUAUGACUUACUUGAUAAGCUACUAGACUUAAACCCUGCAACAAGAGUAACUGCAAAGGAGGCUUUGUUGCAUCCUUUUUUUAAAGACAUAAGACUCUGAGAAGAUCCCGUAUUCUGUUAUUCCUUUCAUGUGUUUUAUGUGGAAAUGAGAUACUGAGGCAGUUUUACCUUGUUGCCCUCAACAUUUACACUCACUGAAAUAACAUCACACUGUGCUCUGAACUACUGAAAUUUUGUCUUGUACAGUUAGACUGCAAAUGUCAGUUUAAGAAAUAUGUGCAGAUGUAAAAGUUACAUAAACAUCACUAACAUGGUCUUAUCCUAAGACACUUAUGAGGGGUUAUUGCUGUGCAUACCUGUUCUCUGAAAAAGUUACCUUUGAUCAAAAACAACAAAGAAAAAGGGUUUCAUAAGCUCUAUGCUUAAUUCUCGAGAUAUUCCCUUAAAAUUUACAAAUUUGCCUUAAGGUAUGACUGAAAUAAGAAAGUGCUUGAGAGACUUUUUUCCAUACUUGCAUAUUUCUGCUUUGUUCCUGUUUAGUACAUGGGGGACUGAAAAUGGAACAAA